AUGCCCCCCAGGAUCACUCGUUCUGCUGCAAGGCUCGCGGCAGAACCCCAUUCGUCUUCGAAUUUUCGUCCUACAUCCGAUACAAACCAACCCCCCCAAUCGCCACCCCAAGCCCGUAAACGAAAAACCCCUGUCACGCGGUCCUCGAGCCGGCCAAACGACCCUGAACAACGCUCCCCAGUCUCACCCCCACGGCGAGCAAAGAGAGUGAAACUUGAGGGACAAGCAACUGAAUAUCAGGCCCCUCCGUCUCAAAGACGGGGUGCGAGACAACAGCCGGCAAUGUCCCAGCCUGGCCCCUCUUCACGUCCCGUGGAUGACAAUUCGAAAACUCCCGCUUCAUCAUCCACGGCUCCGAGACAGCGGUCAACUAGGACCAAGAAAUCCCACCAAGAUGCUACUUCCAACCCACCAUCCCCUCCACGACGCCAGAGAAAGCGCUAUUCUACGCUCGAGACAGAUGUCACGAUGAGUGAACCUGAAGAAAAUCAGCAGGAAGAGACGACUUCAACGAGAGAUGAGGAACUCCCAGCUCCUCUAAAUGAUCCAAAUGACGCCCCAAAUAAUCUAUCCUCUGGUCUGACGGAUGACGAUGAAGGAGAUCCUUUCCGGAGUGGCCUGUUCGGUUCCCGGAGUCCUCUUGGACUGCAGAACACGCUUCGAGCCUUGAGUGGCAUGAUGGCGGGCACAUCUUCUCGACUACGUGAUAUUCUUAACAACCUACGCAUGAAAGAAGAUCCGUCGGUCCAACUCAUCGCAUUGCAGGAUCUUUCCGAUCUGUUGCUGGUUUCAAACGAGGAUAACCUAGCGGGCCAAUUCUCUCCGGACCCUUACGUUAAAGAGUUGGUCACAUUGAUGCAGCCAAGCGAGACGGGAGAGGAAAACCCGGAAAUAAUGCUACUUGCAUGUCGUUGUCUUGCUAACAUGAUGGAAGCGCUGCGUGGUUCGGUUGCCAACGUUGUAUAUGGUGGUGCAGUGCCUAUUCUUUGCCAGAAACUGCUGGACAUACAGUUUAUAGACCUUGCUGAACAAGCUCUGAGUACACUUGCCAAGAUAUCCAUUGAUUUUCCUACAUCUAUCGUUCGUGAAGGAGGCCUCACUGCAUGUCUUACAUACCUAGACUUUUUCCCCACAAGCACCCAACGUACAGCUGUAAUUACAGCCGCCAAUUGCUGCCGCAACUUACCUCACGACUCAUUCCCCGUCAUAAAAGAUGUCAUGCCUACAUUACUCCAUGUCCUCUCUAGCAACGACCAAAAAGUCGUAGAACAGGGAUGUCUAUGUGUUUCCCGCGUCGUCGAAAGCUUUAAGUAUAAACCAGAGAAACUGGAACAAUUGAUCGAGGCGGACAUGUUGAAGGCCGUUCUUCGAUUGCUUUUGCCGGGCACUACCAAUUUGAUCGGCCCACAUAUCCAUACUCAGUUCCUCCGUGUACUUGCCAUCUCUGCCAAGUCAAGUCCACGUCUGUCCGUUGAGCUUCUUAAAAUGAAUGUGGUGGAUACGCUUUAUCAGAUCUUGACUGGCGUGUCUCCCCCUUCCGAUACUGGUGGCUCAAUCAAAAUCGACAGCGUUCACAUCAUGCAAGCACUAAUCCAUAGACCGCGUGAACAGGUCUUUGAGACCCUGAACGUCAUCUGCGAACUUUUGCCUGGUAUUCCAAAUGAACCGCUACCAAAUCCUGACUGUCAUUUGCAAGCUCGUCUGGAAAGCGAUAUCUACCCCGUUUCUAAGGCGCCAAGGUUAAAGGCAGCGGCGGAACUAAGGGUUACGCUCCUCAAGGACUGUAAAGCGGAAAUCAAAAGAUUUGCUACAAUCCUCUUGCCUACCCUGACAGACGCUUAUUCUAGCACUGUAAACUUGUCCGUUAGACAAAAGGUCCUGAUGGCUCAGUUGAAGAUGCUCCAGAAUCUGGAUGCACAAAUUAUUGAGGAUGGUUUGCGCUCCGUGCCCUAUGCUUCAUUUUUGGCUGCAAUUUUGUCCCAAAAGGAUCAUCUGUCACUUGUUGCUUUGGCUCUGCAGUGCGCUGAGCUGCUCUUUGAACGCCUUGAGAAUAUCUACCAAUACCAAUUCCAUCGUGAGGGAGUUAUUGCCGAAAUCACGAAGCUUGCCGAUAUACCGUUGUCCGCUAAAGCGUCCGGUCGCAAGGAUUCCAAGCGUGAUUUGGAUCUUGACAAUGGACGUCCCGAAGAAAAGAGCGACGAGGUGGGUUCGGACGAGAACGAUGAAGAAAAAGACCGUGACAUGCAUCGUGAUGAGGAUAGCCAUGAAGAUGAAGAUGAAGAGGACGAAGAAGACGAUGAGGAGGAUAUGGAAGACGACAACGACGAUAUAUCCGAGUCUGACAGCUCUUCGUCGAUUUCAGGUGGUCCUGUAUCUCUAGCGAUGGAUUCGGCCCUGCAGGAUCUCGUUACCUGCAGUGCUAAGGAGUUUCUCCGUAUUUACGAUGCUAGCAAGGGGAAAGGCAUGCAUGAUCAGGCACUGGCGAUUUCGCAGUCACUUCAGACGCUCGUGUCGGAUAUCGAGGCCUGCUAUACGAACGGGAAAAACGCUGAUGGCUAUGCGCUUUUCCAACAAUUGGCGACCUACUUCGAUGGUGAUGCGCUGGAGAGAAUUACGAGUUCUGAACUGCUUAGCUCGGGUAUCAUUCGUGUUUUGCUGGAUGUUAUUAGUAAGAAAGAUCAAGCGCUCGGAAUGGAUGCUAGAACGGAUUUUCUCCGUGCUUUCAUGGAAUCGGACAUCUCAACGGAUACAGUCAGCAAAACUGGCUCAGCCACGACUCCGUUCUGUGUUUUGAUCCAUAAGCUCCAUGAUCUUCUCAGCCGAACGGAGCAUUUCGAAGUAAUCACGGUCCACCACAAUUCUCUGGACAAUAGGAACACAACAUCCAUGCUCACAAAGCAGCUGCGUCUUCGCCUUGUAGCUGAUGAGGAGUCUGAUAUUCCUAAACCAUAUAAGAAUAUGAUGGUAUCUAUCCAUGCCAUUGCUAACUUUAAGGCGCUUGACGAGUAUCUCCGUCCCAGAAUCAGCCUCUCCGAACGUCCCAGAGGUUCCCGUCAUCGUGAAACUAUCUUUUCUCAGCUAUCUGGCUCCUCGAGACCUCGAGAGCCUCCCGAUAGUGGUAUUGAUAGCUCUCUCGCUGGAGCAAUUGAGACGCCUACAUUACCUCUACCGCCGCCUCAGCCGGCGACUUCUUCCCGCACUACUAGAGUUCCAGAUAGAUCCCUAAAUCAGCGUGGAUCGUCGACACGCACAGCAGCAUCAGGAACUUCGCAAGAGCGGUCCUUAAGAACUCGACGUCCGAACCGACAUCAACCAGCUCCGCCUGAUGAUGACGGACCUGAUGGAGCGGAUGAGCCCUUGGAAUGCGCUGAUGAGAGACAGCUUAGUGACGACGGUGACGGAGAGGAAGAGGACGAGGAUGCGCUGGAUGCUAUUGUUGAUGACCUUGAAGAUGAUAUAUCUGAUGAAGUUACGGAUCCUUCUGCUGUUAACUUGGAGGUUGCCUCGACAGGGAGAAUCACUGCGCGUCAAGAUGAUGGGACUCGGGUGGUGACACCACAGCAAUCAACGCCAGCGGGAAGACCUUCGUCUUCUGUGCCGUCUUCUGGCCAGCCUCUAGGUGACUCGUUAGCAUUUGCUGGACGUCCGUUUUCUUACGCUGCAGCAAUCAAUUCGAUCCCUCAGGAAUGGCACAUUGAGUUCCGCGUGGAUGACAAACCCAUCUCCAAUGACACAACCGUAUAUCGCGCCAUUCACCAUAAUCGGGAACAUCUGAGUGAUACCUUGUCCCGCAAUGUGUGGUCUGCCGUUCACACGAUCAAGUACAAACGCGUCCAGGGACCCGCACCACCCGAACCACCCACAGUAAAUCUGACUUCUAGCACUCCUUCCCAAACGGAUUCCACGGGAAUGCCGGAGUCUCUAAGCAAGAAUCCAACAACAGCCUCCAUCCUCAAACUCCUAGGAGUCUUGCAUAGAAUUAACGCACAGCUUGAUGACAUCUUAGCCGAAAGCCGCCAUCAGAAUAGAGUUGUCAAGGAGCCACUCGCACAAUUCAUCAAUACAAAACUAACCGCAAAACUGAAUCGGCAACUUGAAGAACCAUUGAUUGUAGCGAGCAGCUGUCUGCCGAGCUGGAGUGAAGAUCUGGCGCGCUAUUUCCCAUUCUUAUUCCCCUUUGAGACGCGGCACUUGUUCCUGCAGUCGACAUCGUUUGGUUAUGCUCGCGCCAUGACUCGUUGGCAAGGUGUGCAGUCCGAUGAAAGCCGACGCGACCAGCGUCGUGAUGACCGUCCGUUUACGGGGCGACUGCAGCGACAGAAGGUCCGUAUCUCUCGCUCACGCAUCUUGGAUUCCGCCAUGAAGGUUAUGGAAUUGUAUGGGUCGUCCCCCAGCGUGCUUGAGGUCGAGUACUUCGAGGAAGUAGGCACGGGUCUCGGUCCGACGCUGGAAUUCUAUUCGACGGUGUCUAAGGAGUUUUCCAAGAAGAAGCUCAAACUCUGGAGGGAACAUGAUUCCAACCAGCUCGACGAGUAUGUCUUCAGUAGACUGGGCCUGUUCCCGGCGCCCAUGAGUCGUGAACAGAUUUCGUCGGAGGUGGGUAAAAAACAACUCCAAUACUUCAGGGCGUUGGGCAAAUUCGUUGCGCGUUCCAUGUUGGAUUCUAGAAUUAUCGAUAUCGCAUUUAACCCCACCUUCUUCCGCCUCGGUAUGAACAGCGCUUCCCCCUCGACAACUAUCACCCCGACAAUCGCGACGAUUAAAGCCGUCGAUCCGGACCUUGCCAAAUCACUCAUGGUCGUGAAGCACUUCGCCACGGCCCAGACAGCCAUUAAUAGCGAGGAUGCCCUCAGUGAUGAAGAGAAGGCUGUUGCGUUGGAAGAAUUCACCAUUGACGGCCUCCGGGUGGAAGAUUUGGGAUUGGACUUUACGUUGCCUGGAUAUCCCAACAUCCAGCUGAUACCGCAUGGCUCCUCUAUUGCUGUGACGAUGGAUAAUGUGGGCACGUACGUUGAUAAGGUUAUUGAUAUGACGCUGGGCAGUGGCGUGCAGGCUCAGAUCGAAGCGUUCCGAAUUGGGUUCUCGCAGGUGUUCCCAUACUCAUCUUUGCAGUCGUUUACGCCGGAUGAGCUUGUCAUGCUGUUUGGGCAGGUUGAGGAGGAUUGGUCGAUUGAGACUUUGAUGGACUCGAUGAAAGCGGACCACGGCUUCAACAUGGAUAGUCGCAGCGUACGCAACUUGCUGCAGGUCAUGAGUGAAUUUACGAAGCAGGAGCGUCGGGACUUUUUACAGUUUGUUACUGGGAGUCCCAAGCUGCCAAUUGGGGGUUUCAAGAGCCUAACACCCAUGUUCACCGUCGUCUGCCGUCCCAGCGACCCACCGUAUCUGCCGGAUGAUUACCUCCCCAGCGUCAUGACGUGCGUGAAUUAUCUGAAACUGCCCGAUUAUUCGAACAUUGAUAUCCUUCGUAAGCGACUCAAUGUUGCCAUCCAUGAGGGCCAGGGGGCGUUUCAUCUCUCUUAG